AUGGAGCGGGCGCGACUGACAGCCACGCGUGGAUAUUCUCAGACAGGUGCUGAUUCGGCGGAGCCCUCAGUACAGAACCAUCGGCGAGAGCAGACUCCGCCGGCGCGGCCACUGACGGCUGGGCGUUCGCAGCGGCCUCCGUCGGUAGCUGGUAGUGGGCCAUCGAAUUUCCCAACAUUCCAUAUGGGCGCAACGACACGGAUACCGUCUGGAGGCAGUGCGAUGCGGCCGACAGCGUCAGCACGGAUGCGGCGACAGAUGACAGCAGCAGCCUCUGCGGCAUCAGCCUCGUCUGCAGCAACUAGCGAGAGAUCGCUUAGGCGAUACCAUUCAGCAGGGAUCUCGCGGUCAAAGUCACCGGCACCAGCGCUAGCGCACAACAGCCCAUCGGCGGCGACAAAGGCCGCGGGACGGCGUGAGCUGGGAAUUGCGGGCAGGCAGCACCGGUCGUCGGCCAACCCGACGCCGCUGCCGCAUUCCUCUCUCAGUCAUGGUAGCCGCGUGCCAUCGCGGACCAGUGCGCCGGGCAGAGGCAUCAGGCCAACAAGUCCCGGUUCGGCGUUCCGAUUCAGCACGCAGCGGGAGCCAUCACCGACACAUGUGCCAUCAGCUACCGCGCGCCGUUCGCGGAUCCCAACUGUACCAGGAGCCAACAGGGACAGCCUAUACAACCAGUACAUGGAGCAGAAAGACGAGCUUCGAAACAUGAAGGACAUGAACGAGACGCUAGUCAGGGAUAUCAAGUCGAUGGCCACAGUGAAGGAGGAUCUCGAGGAAGCGAACAGGCGGGCGUGCAGGGCAGAGGACCAGUUUGCAGCGCAGCACGCGGUUGAGAUGGCGCUGAGGAGAAAGGUUGAGGCGCUCGAGGCUGUGGUGAUGAGCGGGCCAAGCAAUGGCAACGGGCUGCCGUCGCCCCACAGGUCGCAGAGCGCGCAGGUGGAGGACCACGAGAGUCCGAUUCCCGCCGACGACUGGCGCGAGGACGCGACGCUUAUUCGGCGCGGCAUAGAGAGCAUUCACGCGUCAUGCACCAUGGCGCAGCCCGAGUCGCAGAUGGAUCGCGAGAGCCGCCAGGGGCUGCGGUUUGUCGAGCAGCAGUUCCUGGGCCGCGACCUGCCCGACCCAUCUGGCGGCUCUCCUGUGCGCAGCAGGAAUCUCGGCAAGUCGCCCAAGGUGCUGACGCCACAGCAGCAGAGGCGCCUGGCCGACGAGGAUCUGGUGGCGCGGCGGCGGUCGACGAUGCUGUUUGAGGGGCUGAUCCAGCCGUCGCUGGGGGCUGAGUCGCGUGAGAGCCUGGCAGCGCCGCUGCAGGAGUCAUCGUCUGGCCAAGGCACGUGCCUGCGGUGCAAGCAGCUGGAGGACACGCUGCAGACGGUCGUUAUCGACAAUGACUAUUACCGCGAGGCCAACACCAAGCUGCAGGACAACGUGCGUGAUGUGGUGUCGCGGCACAACGCGCUGGUACGCCUGUUUGAGCGCGAGCGCCAGAGACGCCGCGAGGCCCGUGCCGAGAAGCUUGCUGAGGAGUCGCGUGUUGCCGCCCGCGACCGGGCGAUCAUCGAGGCACAACAGCGGGCGGAGAUCGAGGACAGUGAUGGACUGGCAGGCGAGUUUUCGCGCGGACUGCACAUCUCGUCUCCCAAGCGCGUGCGUGCCAUGGGUGACACCCGGCUCAGAUCCUCACCGAUCGUGUCGCCGCCCCAGUGA